GGGGGUGGGAGGAAGACGCUGGCGGCGGUGAUGGCGACGAGGGCGCCGCGGGCGGCGUGGAUCCGGCCGGAGGCGGUGCGGGCUGCGGAGGCGGCCGCGGACGAGGUGGUGCUGCGGGUGCAACCCACGGAGGAGGCGGAGCGGCGGCGGCGGGGCAUCAUCGACUACCUCAAGCGGCUCUUCGGCACGUCGCUCGGCUGCGAGGUCUUUGCAUUUGGGUCUGUCCCACUGAAGACCUACCUCCCUGAUGGGGAUGUUGACAUAACUAUCCUAGGGAACACAGCUCUGGACAGCUCUUUCAUCAGUGAUGUUCGCGGUAUACUUGAGAUGGAAGAGCAGGACGAUGGUGCCGAACUUGAGCUGAAGGGUUUGCAAUUCAUAGAUGCAGAGGUAAAGCUCAUCAAAUGUGUCAUCGACAAUAUUGUUGUUGACAUAUCAUUCAACCAAAUUGGUGGGGUGUCUACACUCUGUUUUCUUGAGCUGGUUGACCAUGAAGUUGGGAAAAACCAUCUGUUCAAAAGGAGCAUUAUGCUAAUCAAGGCUUGGUGUUAUCACGAAAGCCGCAUAUUGGGAGCUCAUCAUGGACUAAUAUCUACUUAUGCCUUGGAAACACUUGUUGUUUACAUAUUCAAUAUGUUUCACAAGUCUUUACACAGCCCCUUGGAGGCUUUGUAUAAAUUUUUGGAAUAUUUUAGCAAGUUUGACUGGGACAAGUACUGCAUAAGUUUAAAUGGUCCUGUUGCUUUGUCAACCUUGCCCAGCCUAAUUGUUGAACAUUCAAGCAUACAUGAUGAAUUCUUUGGCAAGGAGAUCCCUGAAGACUUGUCUGAUAGACUUAUAGUACUUCCAGAAGUUUCUGAUGAAUCAAACAUGAAUUUUCGCCUGAAGUAUCUAAACAUAAUUGAUCCAUUGAAGUGGAGUAACAAUCUUGGCAGAAGCGUCAGUAGAGGAAGUUUUUACCGUAUAAGAGGUGCUUUCUCAUUUGGUGCGCAAAAGCUGGGUCAAAUUCUGAUGUUACCUUCUGACCUUAUUCCUACUGAAAUACUUGGGUUCUUUGAGAACACCUUGAAGAGCCAUGGAAGAGGAAGAAGAUCAGAUGUUGGCAGCAAUGGUUCCUCCAAAUCCUCGCUUUGCUCUGAAUAUACACUUGGGGAAGAUGCAUCAGACUCAAAAGAAUCUGGCAUAAGUGAAGAUGAAAACAAAAGUCCUGAUCAGCAGAGGAUUUCAGAUGGUUAUUUUCGUGGUGAUGCUCAAGAUCGUCCCUGGAACAAAAUCUGGUUUACAAAUUCUGACAUUCAAUAUUACAACGUCUCAGGAGACUUUUUCAGUGGCCGCUCAUCAUUUUCCCCAGAGAAUGGCAACAACAUGAAACGACACUGCAGGGACAACUAUGCAAGAGAGGAAAAUUUACCCCCCAGUAGAUCAUCUAUGGAGCAACAUAUUGAGGCGAACAACCAAUCACAUAUAUUGACUCCCUCUACUCGUAUAAAUACUUUGGAUGUUUCCAAUUCUUGCCCAGAGGAGUCAAAUAGAAGUGACCUCCAUGAAGAAAAACUGCCACUUUCUCCUUUCUCAUCAUCAAAUUUGUUGGAUCUAUCAGGAGAUCUGGAUUUGCAGUUAGAAUGCCUUCGGAAAGUUCAGUACCACCUGGAGUCCAUGUUUGAUGGGUUGGUUCAGGAAGCAUGUUUUUCUGGUCCGCUAAACAAUGACUCCAGGAUUCCAACUACGAGCUUCUCAAAUACUGAUCAAAGGCCUUCGGGGCCGUUGUCAAUUUCUUCUGCUGGUACCGAGAGGAGGAACUUUUCUCCAGGUUGCUGUUCGCAUAACACAGGAGAUAUUUCUCAGAAAUCAGUAUCUCACACUAACGAUCAAGUGAAUGCAGUUUCUCCAUCUACUUCCGCCAAUUCAGAGAAUCAUCCGGUUUCAAGGUUUCAAAGCACACAGGAUAAUGUUAGGACACAUGGAACUGGCAUGGGAACUCUCAAUAAUGCAUCAUUGCUUUCUGGAACAGAUAUACUAUCCAAUGCAUUUUCACAGCUUUAUCAUGCGGUUGAUUCAGAGAGCUAUCAGUAUUGUCGGCCUUAUGUCACAACAGAUGAGAGUGGGUCGCGUGGAACUGGCUCAUACAUUCCCACAAUGAAUUAUUAUUAUACUUACAAGGAGCAUGUAUUCUCAUACUCUGAUAAAGGAAAAAGGCAGAGAGAAGUGUUACCACAUCGACCGGUCAAGAUUAAAACCAAACCAACUUACUCUCCCCGGCACAACUCACCUGAAAUGGGAUGUUCUAGUGCAAGCAACGGUGGUUUUACAGUUGAAGGAGGUUCUGCUCAGGAGAAAUCACCAACAAACCGUGUAACCAAGCUGUCAGCAACAAACCAGCCAUGGAAUGGUCAUAACAGUCAACAUGGGUAUGUUUGCUCAAAAGUUAACACUAUUGACAGCCAAAGACCUGCUACUAAUGAAGGCCUCAUCGUACCAAAUAAUGAAUCAAGGGAAAUAUCGAUACUCCCUGCAUCACAAGUGCGAAACAAGGAAAUUACAGCAUCGUCGUCAUCAUCUAGAAUUGAUCUUCGUCACUGUGUUGGCAACGGUCAAGGGAAUUUCCAAGAAUCCAAUACCUCCUCACCUGCAACAGAACUAGUCGAAGGUCUUGAGUUUGGAUCUUUUGGACCUAUCUCGCCUAUUGUUGUCUGUGAAAAGUUUAGAGAAGAAUUCCCACCUCUGCCUUCAAGAAAGAUGCCUGCAGUAGCCCUAGCCCCUGUUGCAACGCCUGUGAGCUCUUCGCCUGCUGCAACCGGAAGCAAGCCAGAAGGAUCCUACCAGCUGAGAGAUGAAGCUGAUUUCCCUCCUCUCGGGGCUGGUUCUCGCAAUGCAUCUAACCGUAGAGUUGGAGGAUGAAGCAAGCUUACUAGCUAAGGAGUGGCUGCUUCAGGAUAAAUCUGAUAUCAUACAAAGCUUGGAUGCUAUUUCAAUCGGAAUAGCAUGCGUUCAGCUGUCUGAAACUCCAAUAAUCCUUAUGUCCUUUUAGUGAUACAAUCUGCAGGUCUGUUGACUCCUUGUAGAAGUCACAAUUGUAAAAAGAACUAGUUUACCUUUGUAGCUUAUAUAACCCCAAAAAGUAGGGGAAAUACGA